CUGGAAAUCGUCAUGACGUCAUCAAUGUGGUUUGGCGUCCUUCCGGCGCUCGUGCUCAUGGCAGGUUUCGCGGCAGUCAACGGCGAAGACUGCGGGCAGGAUCCCAUCACACAGGUUUGUUGUAAUGGGAAACCGUUUCCAAGGACAGGGGACCAAACAUGUUGCUGUGGUGAUAAAGGAACAUUCGACCCAAAGGAUAAAAUUUGCUGCGGUGGUAACAUCGAGGAGAGAUCUGGAAUUUUCGUCGGGACUGACUGUUGCUCAUGCGGAUUGGCUAAAAGUGAUAUCAUAUUUGUUGCUGACUCCAGCUCUAGCAUCAGGGCAAACAACUGGGUAAACCUGCGAAACUUUAUGGCAGGAGUUGUAGAAGGUGUUGAAGCUGAUAAGGCAGUACACAUCGGUCUGUUGACGUACAGUCACAACACAACUAUCUGGUUCCAUCUGAAUAAAUACACGGAGACAGCCGACAUUAUUGACGCUAUAUUGAAUGUACCAUACCAGCAAGGGACGACUAAAACCGGACAAGCUUUGGCACUUGUUCGCUCGGACAUGUUUGUAGCCGGUAAAGGUGACAGAGCCGGUGUACAGAAUGUCGUUAUAUUGUUGACAGACGGAAUGUCAGAUGACGAGAGUAAAACAGUUGCUGCAGCCGCUGAUCUAAAAGCUGACGGAGUUCGUAUUAUAGGAAUUGGAAUUGAUGAUAACUUUAUCCCAAACAACGGACCUGAAGAAGAAUUAAACCAAGUUGUUUCUACACCUAUAGAAGAUAAUCUAUUUAUGGUAUCCGACUUUGAAGCCUCCCUGAAAGUAAUUACCAAGGACCUAUUUACCACUAUUUGCGACGAUCGACCGAUACCUCCAAUAAAACUGGAGAUGUGCGGAUUCCACACAUAUGACCCCAAAACUGAGAUUUGCUGUCUAUGGACUGUAAACCCUCGAGUGUAUGGUAGUGACACAGUGUGCUGCGGAUCCUCAACCAUGAAUCGAAAAACAGAAAUUUGUUGUAAAAAUGGCAACCCACAGCCACGUGUUGGUGGAGACAAUACCAAAUGUUGCUGUUAUGAUUCGUACGACCCAGAGAGGUCACUUUGCUGCGUUGGAAGUGUACAACCAAAGAUAGGCGGAGAAUUUGCAACAUGCUGUGGAAAUGUUAGUUACAACAGAAUGACACAAUUCUGCUGCCAUGCUAUGCUUUACCCGGAACCCUAUCAUCCAAAAUGCUACGACUGUAAGUACAAUAUGCCUGUACCAACGUUUAAUGAACAGACGCACGUUUGCUGCAACGGAAAUGUCCAAGAAGCUGUAGCCGGAAAUCUCACAUGCUGUUGCGAAGAAACGCCUUUCGAUCCGACAAAUAAAAUUUGUUGCGGUAAGAAAAUACAAGAGAGGACUGCUGGAGACAUUUCCUUAUGCUGUGGUAAUAAAAACAUAGACCCUGUAACACAAAUUUGUUGUGAUGGUGUUGUACGGCCGAUGGAAAGUAUAAACAUGACACGAUGUUGUGGUACAGUUGGUUAUAAUAGAAACCAGGAAUUAUGUUGCGAUGACCAUUCUCUCGUUCCACUUUCUUCAAUUUCCGACAAUUGUUGUUGCGGAAAUAAAUCAUACGCACCAGAUACACAUAUUUGCUGUAACGGUAACAAACAACCGAGGUAUGCUGCAGGCACACAAUGCUGUGGCAUGAUAAGCUUUGAUUCUUCAAGGUUUUUAUGUUGCGAAGGCAAAGUGCAGAAACUUCUUGGAAAAAUGAAUACAAGAUGCUGCGGACAGGAAAGCUAUAAUCCGGCUGGUUAUAUAUGUUGUGGCAGAGAAGUAAGAAGGAAAGUUAAUACUAGUGAUGACGCUUGUUGUGGUGAAAAAACCUUUGAUACUAAAACACAAGUGUGUUGUUACGGACGACCAGGGCCUGCGUUUGCGAUGGGAACAAAAUGCUGUGGUCUUAAAAGCUAUGAUAUUUCAACUUCAAUUUGUUGCAAUGAUAGAGUAUAUGAAAACCAAAUUGGAACAUUUAUGCAAUGCUGUGACGAUCAUCCAUAUAAUGCUGUAUCGCAUAUAUGUUGCGAUGGUGUGCGUAUAACUGAAAAGAAAAAUAUACAAGACAAUUGUUGUUGCGGAAAAAGUACUAUUAACACGAUGGACGAAAUUUGUUGUGACGAUAAUCCCCAACCGAAACAAGGCUCGAAAACCUCUUGCUGCGGAAAAAUAAGUUUUGAUUCGGAUAGUUAUAUAUGUUGCGGUGUUGUGUUGGUACCGAUCAACAAAACCGGAGACACCUGGUGUUGUGGUAAAACUACAAUCAACUCAGAAGAUGAGGUGUGCUGUAGCAAUACCCCACAACCUCGCCGAGGACCAAAUACAUUUUGCUGUCGCCACGAAAGCUACGAUGGCGACACUCAAAUGUGUUGUGAUGGUAUUGUCAGGGACAAGAAAGAUGACAAUGACGACUGUUGCUGUGGUGAAACUACUUUAAAUGCGUUUAAAGAAGUGUGUUGUCAUGGUAUUCCGCAAAGAGUGGAAGACGCAAAGUAUGGAAUGUGUUGUAAAAAGACUGGUUUCGACAGCCGCUUUGCACUUUGCUGCGAUGGUGAAGUUGUGCGAAAGGCAGAAACGAAAGAUGACUGCUGCUGCGGAAAUUCUACGAUCAAUACUGCUACACAAAUUUGUUGUGAAAAAAAUCCACAAAAAUUAAAAAAUGGCAAACUAACAAAAUGCUGCAAAGAUAUCAGCUAUGAUUCGGUGAACGAAAUUUGCUGUAAAGAUAAGGUUAUUAAGAAGAAAAAUAAGUUAGAUGAUUGCUGUUGUGGAGACGACUCAUCAAUGAAUGUAGAAACGGAGAUAUGUUGUUUAGAUAAAGUCAGACCAAGAAAGGGAGCAGGCAGAGAAGCCAAAUGUUGUAUGACAGAUAGCUAUAACCCAGCCGAUGAGAUUUGUUGUGAUGGAAAAGAACUUCGUAAAAGGAAAAAUACAAAAGAUAAUUGCUGUUGUGGUAAUACAACAAUGAACACUUUAACUCAUAUUUGUUGUAAAGGAGAGGUUCAACCCUUACAUGAAAACUAUACUAUGUGUUGUAAUGAUAAAAGUUAUAAUACAGAGACACAUUUGUGUUGCAAAGGAAAAGUCGUGAAGAAAGACAAUAGUAAUGAUAAUGGAUGCUGUGGAGAUAAAUCAAUAAAUACAAGGAAUCAGGUUUGUUGCGAGGGUGUCCCAAGGAGAAAUUUUGGACCUAUGACAGACUGUUGUGGAGAUGAAAGCUACGACCGAUUAAGACAUAUGUGUUGCAAUGGAACAAUUGUGAAGAAAAAAACAGAGGAUGAUAACUGUUGUUGUGGAUCAGCAACAAUUGAUACUUCUUUGCAAGUUUGCUGUGAAGAAAACCCACAGGACUCAUUUGGUCCAAUGACAAGAUGUUGCGGGGAUAAAAGUUAUGAUCCCGUGAAUUUCCUUUGUUGUGAAGGCAAGGUUAUAGAAAAACGCACUUCAGAUGACAAUUGGUGUUGUGGAUUGCGUCCAAUGAAUACUAAAGACGAUAUUUGUUGCAAUAUGGUUGUACAAGAAGCUCCUGUAGGUCCGUUAUUGUCCAAAUGUUGUAAUAAAAAGAGUUUUGACCCGAAAAGCCAUAUAUGCUGUGAUGAUGAAGUCAUUGAGAAAGAUGAGACGGAGGAUAACUGUUGUUGCGGAAAAUCAACUUUUAAUACAGAAACAGAUGUCUGUUGCCAAGGUACAACAAAACAACCAAAACGGGACGGACCAACUAAAUGCUGCGAAGAGGAGAGCUAUAAUACAGAUAAUUUCCUGUGUUGUGAGAAAGGUCCGAUGGAAAAAAGAAAUACGGAAGAUGAUUGUUGCUGUGGUGACACAACAAUUAAUUCUAAAACAGAAUUUUGUUGCAUGGGUGUUCCAAAUAAACUGUACGAGGAGUUUACAGAUUGCUGUGGAUCCGAAAGCUUUGAUAAACGGGUAACUGUUUGCUGUGCGAACCAGCAAAUGAUAACAAAGAAGAAUAAAAAUGAUGACUGCUGUUGUGGAAAUAAAACUUUUGAUUCGGAAAACGAGAUGUGCUGUGACGGAAGUCCUGUCAAAUUGAAGAACGGAAAACAUUCAAAAUGUUGUGGUCGCCUUGCAUAUGAUUCGGAAAAUGAAAUGUGUUGUAAUGAAAGUAUAAGGACGAAGAAUAAGACAAGCGAUAAUUGUUGUUGUGGAGAAACAACAAUGACUACAAGUAAACAAAUUUGUUGUAAUGGUAAUCCUAAGCCAAAGGUAGCAGGAGAAAAAACAAGAUGUUGCAAAGAUACAAGUUAUGAUCCUGAAAGUUUUAUUUGCUGUGAUGGAGAAAGAUUAAACGAAAAACGUAAAUCUACAGAUGAUUGGUGUUGUGGGUCUUCUUCAAUGGAUUCUAAAUCAGAAAUUUGUUGUGAUGGUGUGCCAGCGGAUGCCGUUGCAGGUGAAAAAACAUUGUGUUGUGGAAAAGGAAGUUAUAAUCCUGAGACACACCUAUGCUGUGCUCAUGAUGAGAUCAGACAAAAAGAAAAAGAAGGGGACAAUUGGUGUUGUGGAAAAACAACAAUGAAUAAUGUCAACCAAGUUUGUUGUCAAGGAACAACUCCUCAAGACAAAAAAGGCGACGCAACAAGAUGUUGUGGUUUAGUCAGUUACGACUCUACUUCACAUGUAUGCUGUGAAAAUGAGGUAGUGAAGAAAAAGAAAAACAGUGAUAAUAGCUGCUGUGGAAAGAAACCAAUAACCGCUGGUAUUGACAUGUGCUGCAUGAAUAUACCACAGGAUGGAGGUCCAUUUAUGUCAUGUUGUCUGGAAAAAAGCUAUGAUACUCGAAGCCAACUUUGCUGUGAAGGAGAAAUUAGAAACAAAACAAAACCAGAGGAUGACUGUUGCUGUGGAAAAACAUGUUUCGACGCAAAUUCAGAAAUAUGCUGUAUAGAUACCCCUCAGCCAUUUAUGGGGGGAUUCGUAAAUACACGAUGUUGUAACAGAAAAAGCUUUAAUGUAAAGACACAAUUGUGCUGUGAUGGAAAGAUGAUCAUCAAUAAAACAAAAGAAGAAGACAAUUGUUGUUGUGAUAAAAAAUCAUUCAACGCAGAGACUGAUGUUUGUUGCCAAGGUGAAAUGGUACAAACUGGCUUUGGAAAUCCGAAGGAAGCGAAAUGUUGUGGGAUUUAUAGCUAUCUUCCUAAAAAACAAAUUUGUUGCAAUGAUGAAGUUAGAAAUAAAACCUCAGAGGAAGAUAAUUGUUGCUGUGGAAAAGAUACUUAUAAUACAGAAAACAAUGUCUGUUGCGACGGUAAAUUUGUACAGUCAUCUUAUGGUCCAGCAACAGAAUGUUGCGAGCAUGAGAGCUUUGAUCCAAAUGAAUUUAUUUGUUGCUCUAAAACCCUUAUAAAAAAGAAGAAUCCCGAGGACGAUUGUUGUUGUGGAGAAACUUCAAUAAAUUCGAAAUCAGAAAUUUGCUGUAUGGAUACACCACAACCAAUGGAAAAUCCCGAAUUCACAACUUGUUGUGGAAAUGAAAGUUUCAACUCGCAAACACAUAUGUGCUGCAAAGAUGGAGUUAAGAAAAAACGUAAUAAACCAGAAGAUGAUGGAUGUUGUGGUGAAACCACUUUUGAUACAAAAACAGAACUUUGCUGUGAUGGUGUACCACAGGAUUUAAAAAAUAGAGAAUUUACUAAAUGCUGCAAAAAAGUGAGCUAUGAUUCCGUGAAAUUUAUGUGUUGUGAAGGAGAAAUGAGAGAAAAGACAACAGACGAGGACAACUGCUGUUGUGGAAAGACUACUAUUAAUACUAACUCACAGAUUUGUUGUAACGAUAUGCCUGCAGAUAUCGUUGGAAAUAUUACGCUUUGUUGUGGAAUUGAAAGUUACUCGCCAAAUGAUAAGAUAUGCUGCGAUGGAGUUAGACUUGUAGACAAAGAAAAUGACGAUGAUGAUAUGUGUUGUGGUAGAAACAGGACGAUAAAUAUAGCAAAUGAUAUUUGCUGUGAUGGUGUGCCACAAGAAAGAAUAGGAGGUAGAUUCUGUUCGUGCUGUGGGCAGAAAAGUUAUGACACAAGAAAACAUUUAUGUUGUGAUGAAAGGCUUAUUGAAAAAAGAAGAAAGACCGAUGACUGUUGUUGCAAAGAAACAACAAUGAACGCUGAAGAGGAGGUAUGUUGUAAUGGAGUACCAAGUAAACCUAUCGGAAAUAUCAAGUUUGGAUCUUGUUGCGGUGAUGAAAGUAUGAAUACUGAGCUUCAAUUAUGUUGCGACGAGAGUGUCAGAAUGAAAGUAAACGAAACAGAUGAUUGCUGCUGCGGAAAGUCGACUAUUAAUACGAAAACACAAGUCUGUUGCAGUGAAGUACCCCAGCUUAAGGUAGCAGGAAAAGAAACACGAUGUUGCUAUGCAAAGAGCUAUAAUCCUGAAACUGAGCUUUGCUGCGAUAACAAAAUGGUUCGAAUAAAAAAUAGCACGGACGAGAAUUGCUGUUGUGGAAAAUUUGCAAUAAACACAAACACUCAUAUUUGCUGCGAUGACUUCCCACAGCCGAUAUAUGGCACAAAUACGAAAUGUUGUGGAACCACUAGCUAUGACGGAGAUAAAUUUCUUUGUUGUGAUAGAAAUAUCCUUAAUGAAAAAUCAGAUAUAGAUGAUAACUGCUGUUGUGGAAGGCAAACAAUUAAUACUGAGAAACAGCUAUGUUGUGACGACAAACCUGCACCACGAUUUGGUCCAAAUUCAGGUUGUUGUGGUGCAAAUGGCUUUAACAAAACUGGCUACGUGUGCUGUGAUGGAGAAGUGGUUGAAAUGACAAAACCUGGUGAUAACAUGUGUUGCAAAAAUAGAACCUUUAAUCCUGUAACGGGAAUGUGUUGCAUUGAUAUGGUAAGCGACAGACCAGCAGGUCCAGAAUCUAUGUGCUGUGGCAGAAUACCUUUUAAUCCAAAAACUGAAAUAUGUUGUAGAAACGAGUUAAUAAUUAAAAAAACUAAUAAUGAUGACAACUGUUGUUGCGGUAUCAUGACAUACAACACAGCCAAUGAAACGUGCUGCGACAUGGAGACAGGUCCGAUCGAAUCAGCUGAUCCAAAAGAUACGCAAUGUUGUGGUAAGAAAUCGUUUAACGUUAAUACACAUAUAUGUUGUAAUGGAACAAAACAAGUAGCAUCCGGAGGAAAAAGAAAUACAAGAUGCUGUGGAAGCGAGGCUUAUAAUACCGAGACUCAUGUUUGUUGCGAUGGUGAAAGGAUCAAGAAGAAUAAUACUGGUGAUGUAUGGUGUUGCGGAAAGAGCACAUACAACCCUGCGACACAAGUAUGUUGUCCUCAUGAACCGCAUGAUGUCCCACAACCUGUGAAACUUUCAAAAGUAACAAGAUGUUGUAAUGGUAUAAGUUAUGAUCCUAAUAUAGACAUAUGCUGCGAAGGUGUGAUACAACAUGCUUGGCUAGGACUUCAGACCCGUUGCUGUGGAUCAAGAAGUUAUAAUCCAGAGAAAGGUCUUUGUUGUAACGGAACAAUGGUACCAAAAGUAAGAGUUCCAUAUGAUGAUUGCUGCUGCUGUGGUAAAACAUAUGAUAGCAGUCGUCAAGUUUGCUGCAAUUGCAAUGUUCAAGGUAAAUGCGGACUACAUACGAAAUGUUGUAACGACAAGAGCUAUGACCCUGUCCUGAACAUAUGUUGUGACGGUGUUCUUAAGGCAAAGAAGUUUGGAGAUAAGACUUACUGUUGUGGUACACAUAUUUACACACCUACUGAAGCCAUUUGCUGCGGUAAAUAUGUGAGAAUGAAAUACGGAAUGCCUGAGUGGUAAAAAUUAUGAGAUGGAGAAAUGAUUUGUUUUCGGAUUUUUUUUUAAACUUUGCAUCACUCAUUUCAUUUGACAUAUGUACGUCUAUAAUACAUAUGGCUUUUCAUGAUAUUAAAUCUUAAGUUUAUAAAUAAAACAGAAAUGUCGCCAAGUGGUCUUUCUUGUGUGAAUUAUUCAUUUAUCAUUAUUGCAUUGCGACAAUUUAUACUAGUUGAACUUCAUACUGAUAAUGUAGAAAUAAAACACCACAUGUAUGCCAUAAAUAUUUUAAGUUGAAAUGUGCUCACAGAGUUCAGAUACAUACCAUUCACGGUACGAAUGAAACUUUUUCUGUUACACUUUACCGUGUUUAUUUUUAUCAAUUUGCUAAGAAGUUCAAAUCUUUAACAAUAAACGGAAAACUUAAAUAAAAUAAAAUAUGAAAAUUGUUAUAAUUUUUAUGCAUUUAUGUUGAUUUCAUUACGUCAAUUGUUUUAAAUAAUAUUCAUGGUGAAAGGUAAUUUAUAUAUCAAUUGCAUUUAUAAAUCAUCGCAUCAUAUCAUACAAACAGAUAAGGUUUAAGGAUUCAAUACAUUUAUUUAUUUUCAAUUUAUCUAUUAAUCUAUUUAAAGGGAUUGUUUCUUACAUUUUGACGUCUUAAUCAUAGUUGAAAAUGCUAAAUUUCACUGAAAAGGCACAUGGGUUGGCGAUCUAGCGAACACAUCGGUUUAAAAUCCCUGUUUUAUCAUUGACACCCGCCUAAUCUGCGCUGUUUAUAAUAUAACCAUUUAUUCAAGGGGUGGUUAGUUUCGAAAUCAUUUAAUCCAUUAACAAUAAAGGAUAUAUUUGAACUUUUACCUGAUUCAAACUAUAGCGUAUUUUCUUAUUUUUGUUCUAGGGUGAUAUGAAAAAUGCAAUGGCAAAUAAUUUGUAAAGAGAAUUGUAGUACCAGAAAUGCACGUAGUACCUAUCAUAGCAACUAUAAUGUUAAGAAAAAAAUUCUUGAUUCAAACUGUCACUAUUGUAUAAUCCAGUUUUAUUGAAAUGCAGCUGUGAUUAUUAUAGAUGUUUUGAAAAAUGUUUAUGCUGGUUUACCAUUCAAAAUUUAAGUAUUUAAAAAUUGUAUAUAUCAUUGUUACAAAAUUCUAUUGUUCUAGUGAUUCUACAUAUACGUGCGCUUGUGUAAAUAUUGGGAAUUCUAAUCAGUGAGAUAAAUAGGAGAUCAUGCAAUGUUAUCAAAUAAAAUCAAUUAAUUUAGAAA